GGAUCCCUCUUCAACCUUCGGUUGUUCGGAGGGGCACCUUCAAGCGGCACCUUCAGCGGCUCCUUCAAGUGGCUCCGCGGUGCACCGGCAGCGGCUUCCACACCUACGGAGAAGACGCCAGAAGAAAGACUUUACAACACAGACAACCAUGUCGUUCCUCACCGUCAGCAGGCUAGCGCCUAAGCUCCUCAACUCAAAGAGCGCAACCUUCUUCAUCACGGCUGCCAGAAACACCAGCGCCUCCACAACGAAUCUGAAGGAUGUUCUGUCCGACCUCAUCCCUAAAGAACAGAGCAGGAUCAAGAACUUUAAACAGCAGUAUGGCAAAACCAACAUAGGGCAGGUUACUGUGGACAUGGUGUACGGCGGUAUGAGGGGGAUGAAGGGUCUUGUUUAUGAGACUUCCGUGCUGGAUCCUGACGAGGGCAUCCGUUUCAGAGGCUACAGCAUCCCAGAGUGUCAGAAGUUACUCCCCAAAGCUGCCGGAGGUGAAGAGCCGCUGCCCGAGGGCCUCUUCUGGCUGCUGGUCACGGGACAGGUGCCCACUGAGGAGCAGGUCAACUGGGUGUCCAAAGAGUGGGCUAAAAGAGCGGCGCUCCCCUCGCACGUGGUCACCAUGCUGGACAACUUCCCCACCAACCUGCACCCCAUGUCUCAGUUCAGCGCCGCCAUCACGGCACUCAACAGUGAGAGCAGCUUUGCACGCGCCUACUCGGAGGGCGUGCACAAGUCCAAGUACUGGGAGUUUGUCUACGAGGACUCCAUGGACUUGAUUGCCAAGCUGCCCUGCAUCGCCGCCAAGAUCUAUCGCAACCUGUAUCGCGAAGGCAGCAGCAUCGGAGCCAUCGACUCCAACCUGGACUGGUCCCAAAAUUUCACCAACAUGCUGGGUUACAGCGACGCCCAGUUCACUGAGCUCAUGAGACUCUACCUCACCAUCCACAGUGACCACGAAGGAGGCAACGUCAGCGCCCACACCAGCCACUUGGUUGGCAGCGCCCUGUCAGACCCCUACUUGUCCUUCAGCGCCGCCAUGAACGGCCUGGCCGGUCCUCUGCACGGUCUGGCGAACCAGGAGGUGCUGGUGUGGCUGACGGCCCUGCAGAAGGAGCUGGGAGGCGAGGUGUCGGACGAGCGCAUGAGGGAUUACAUCUGGAACACGCUCAAGUCCGGAAGGGUGGUACCAGGCUACGGCCACGCCGUCCUGAGGAAGACGGACCCUCGCUACACCUGCCAGCGGGAGUUCGCCCUGAAGCACCUGCCCAACGACCCCAUGUUCAAGAUGGUGGCCCAGCUCUACAAGAUCGUGCCCGACGUGCUGCUGGAGCAGGGCAAAGCCAAGAACCCCUGGCCCAAUGUGGACGCCCACAGUGGCGUGCUGCUGCAGUACUACGGCAUGACAGAGAUGAACUACUACACGGUGCUGUUCGGCGUGUCGCGGGCUCUCGGCGUGUUGGCCCAGCUGGUGUGGAGUCGAGCCCUGGGCUUCCCGCUGGAGCGCCCCAAGUCCAUGAGCACGGAUGGACUCAUGUCUCUGGUGGGCUCCAAGUCGGGCUGAGGGAGGGAGGAGGUCAGAGUUCACGCCCGCCCACCCACCCCCAUUUUACCUACCCAUCCUGUCGCUCCUGACCCCUGCUGGAUGCUACGAGCCAGUACGCUUUUAUUACUUCUCAACGCUGUAGAAUCUGAAACACACACACACAUAGACUUUUACUGUAAAUGCUCUAAUUAUAUACACAAUUCAUUUUUUACCUGCAGUAAUGAUUUAGAGUGCAUGAGAAAGUGCAUCAUUCAAUGUGGUGAUGGCGCUAAAGAGCAAACUAAUGCUGACUCAGUAAUAGUAAUCAAAAGAUAUUUAUACAAAUGUUAUGUUGACGUAAGUCAGCCAGUCCGGGUUCCACUUUCUGUAACUUACUUAUUUUAAAUUGAAACUUAAAUAAUGAUUCAGCGUGCAUAGCAAAUUUGAGCAGGUAUUUUCAAAGCCGCUGCGUGUGUCGCCUACAGCCGCAGCUGCGGAUCAUUGUUGACCCGUGGGAUUGAUUGAUUGAUUGGAGCAUUUACGGUAUAAUUGAUGUUAGUUGGCGUCGCAGGCUAUCAAAGGGAAUUGCGGGAGUGAAUGAAGUACACUUCCUGUGUUUAAGCCCCGCCCCCUCCGUGCUGCCAAUGGAAACACCUGUCACUCCCGCUAACGAGCACUCCGCCGUCCUCGCCGCAGUCCUUAAUUCAAAGAAAAACAGCUUGUAAAGAAGAUACUGCCGCUUUAAACCGUCUUUUUUGUUGUUGUUUUUGUAUCUUCUACCUGUUGUCUGCCCCUCUACCAUCACAACAACGCCCUCCUCUACCGUCACAACAACGUGUUCACCUCGCGGCGCCCAGCCAAGCCCGAGAGCGAGCUCGAGCGCCAACGUCGUACGUCUUGAAAGGUUUUUUGUCGUGUUUGCGGGCCGCUUGUUUUCAACGCGGACUACUCCAAAUUCAGCACUUGCUUGAUUGAGACCCCACCCGCCCCUCACCCCUUUCCCCCCCCUUGUGAUGCGUGUGCGGUGUAGAAAGUGUACGGGACUGUGGUUGUGUUUAUACUUUGUGUACAUAGUUCUAUAUAUAUAUGUAUGCUGUAUAUGUAUAGCUGGAAUGUAGACACUCUGCUGGUAAACAACCACCAGGCGUCGUCGUUCCGUCCGUCUCACGGGGGGCCGCGAAGAGAAAGCUCGCAGCUCGUUUGUACAUACACCUUGUAUCUUUUGCUUUCACGUUCGUGUUCCAGCUCGCUCUCGGGUUCGUCAACACUCCAUUUUCCCUUCUUAGGUCUUAGACGCGCCGGCGCCGUGCUUUGUUUCCAUGGUAGAGGGGAGACGGGGGGGUGGGGGGAGGGGCGGAGAGGGCGAGAACAAGCUAACCAACAAAAAAAUGGAGAAAUUAAAGUUUUUAUGAACACUGUUUGGUGUCGUCAUACUGGUACUGCUUUGCUUCAACAUCACUGAUUAGUACUCACUGCAGACUUAGUGAGAGUAGGGAUGAUGUUUGAUAAGAAAUUACCAAGUUCGAGCCCGUUAUCGAAUCCUCUUGUCAAACCGAUUCCUUAUCGAUUCUCUUAUCGAAUCCAGAUAGGUUGUUGUAUAUGGGAAAAAAACCACAAUAUUUGGUUCAACAAAAGCUCACUUUUAUAAGAAAAAAAUAAAAUAAAAUAAAUAAAUAUUGACUGUUGUUACCCCCCUAAAAACAUAAAAUAAAAUAAAUAAAUAUUGACUGUUACCCAAAGUAUAUUAAGUGGGAUUUUUCAGAAAAACAAAUAUAUACAGUAACACAAAAACAACCUGUCUCUGUGAUCACGAUAGGUGUAUAAAUAAUAAUAUAGUGUUAAAUAAAAUCAGUCCCUUGGGCAUGAAACUGAAAAUAAUACAGCUCUCCAAAAAGUGCACUUCUGCUGCUAUUGGAACAUCCUUCUGGGGUCCAUCAGUGUGGCCUCCUCCAGGAAUGACUCCACGACACCUUUCUCUAACCUUCAGUUUAUGUACGGCCUGAACAUGUUUCAUCAUGCUUGUUGUACUCCCCCCCCCCCCUUACAUGAGAGCAAAGCCUGGCAAUAAUUGCAGAUAGCCGUUUCCUCGUCGUAUUUUUUUUGUAAAAUGAAGCCAUGCCUUGAGGCGUUUUUUCCGGUCCAUUGUUGUUGCUGCUUCUGUAUCUGCCGCCUAAUUUCCUGGGACGUGCCACAGGUCAUUUCCUGUGGGACGGGAUUCGAAUAAAGAACCAACUCUUUUUCUUUACUAUAGUGGUCUCGAUAACGGGAACCGGUUCUCAAAAAGGGAUUUGAGUCCCUGGAAUCGGUUCUUUUCUUAUCGAAUGGUUCUUUUCUUCUCGAACAACCGGGAGAACCGGUUUCGAACAUCAUCCCUAAGUGAGAGACAACAAAAGCAGUGAAGUUGUUACGUUGUGUAAAUGGUAAAUAAAACCAGAAUAGAAUGAUUUGCAAAUCCUUUUCAACUUAUAUUCAAUUGAAUAGACUGCAAAGACAAGAUAUUUCAUGUUCACACUGGUAAACGUUGUCAUUUUUUGCAAAUAUUAGCUCAUUUGGAAUUUGAUGCCUGCAAUAUGUUUAAAAAAAAGCUGGCACAAGUGUCAAAAAAGACUGAGAAAGUUGAGGAAUGCUCGUCAAAAGACUUAUUUGGAACAUCCCACAGGUGAACAGGCUAAUUUGGGAACAGGUGGGUGCCAUGAUUGGGUAUAAAAGCAGCUUCCGUGAAAUGCUCAGUCGUUCACAAACAAGGACGGGGCGAGGGUCACCACUUUGUCAACAAAUGCCUGAGCAAAUUGUUUAAGAACAACAUUUCUCAAGCAGCUAUUGCAAGGAAUUUAGGGAUUUCACCGUCUACGCUCCGUAAUAUCAUCAAAAGGUUUAGAGAAUCUAGAGAAAACACUGUACCUAAGCCGCAAAGCCCGUGACCUUCAAUCCCUCAGGCGGUACUGCAUCAAAAACCAACAUCAGUGUGUAAAGGAUAUCACCACAUGGGCUCAGGAACACUUCAGAAAACCCACUGUCAGUAACUACAGUCGGUCGCUACAUCUGUAAGUGCGAGUUAAAACUCUACUAUGCAAAGCCAAAGCCAUUUAUCAACAACACCCAGAAACGCCGCCGGCUUCGCUGGGCCCGAGCUCAUCUCAGAUUUUGAUAUAUUUUUUACUUCAAAUAUGCAUAAAACAAGAGCAAUACAGUGCUAUAGCCUUAACAGCCAUUAUAACAAAAUGAAAACAAUGGAGAAUAAAAAGGAAAAAAAUAAACAAAAUGAGC